AGCUGGGUGCGCCGGGGUUUGCGUGAGGGGCAGCGGAGGAAGAGGCCGUGCCUUGCCUUGCCGUGCCUUGCCUCCCGCAGCGACUCCAACGGAAACCCGGAACUUGGGCCUUCCUCAGACAGCGAGCGGAGGUGCGGCUGGUUUCCCUCUCGCUCUUCACGCCGAGGAGGUCGGUGUGGGCGAUGGCGGCGAUGGGAAUGCCCGACGCGAACUUCUUGUGGGGAGUCUUUCAAAGGGUGGAUAAAGACCGCAGCGGGGUGAUCUCGGACACCGAGCUCCAGCACGCGCUCUCCAACGGAACAUGGACGCCAUUUAAUCCAGCGACAGUUAGAUCUAUUUUAUCUAUGUUUGAUAGAGAUAACAAAGGUGGAGUGAACUUCAAUGAAUUUACAGGGGUUUGGAAAUACAUCUCUGACUGGCAGAAUGUCUUUCGCACGUAUGACAGAGAUAAUUCUGGAAUGAUUGACAAACAGGAACUAAAGCAAGCACUAACAGGUUUUGGUUAUCGACUGUCUGAACAAUUCUACGACCUCCUUAUUCAGAAGUUUGACAGACAAAGAAGAGGACAAGUGGCUUUUGAUGACUUUAUUCAAUGCUGUGUUGUCCUUCAGAAAUGGACAGAUGUCUUUAGACGCUAUGAUACUGAUCAGGAUGGCUGGAUACAAGUGUCUUAUGAACAGUACCUUUCCAUGGUCUUCAGUAUUGUAUGACAGUAAACAGUCUCACUGUGACACGGACUAGAGUUGCCAACAUAUUAGAAGAGGUUUAGAAGUAUCUUACCUUUUUUAAAGAUUCUGCUAACUAUGGCCAUAGCACCUGCUACUACAAAAUUCAACACUGCAUCAUGUAUAUUAGGUUGCUGGAAAUAUGUGAAAUUUAAAUGCCAAAUAGAAAUAGUGCUCAUUCAAAUUUACAAACACAAUUGCAUGUGCCUUACUUCUCCCUUUUUUAAUGAGAAUAUAAAAAAACAGUUGCAAUUAUGUCCUGCAUCUUCAUAGCAAGAAUGACUUUAAAUGCCUAGGAGUCUUUUGCUGUACUGUUGUGAAUUGUUACCUGCUUGGGGAGGUUGCAUCUGCUUGUUUGUCAGGCAUGAUUUUUUUAAUCUUAAUGUUCUUCCUGUUAGGGCUACUUCAUACAUUACACUUUUGUACACAAAAAAAAUAUGAAAAGGGUUCCACAAUUCUGCUUGUUCAGUGGCCCUCUAGUAUGAUAAAUACCCUAGCUGUCCACUCUAACUAGGAGCUUUGGAUCCAUCUCUAUAACUAUAGACGUGCAGUACAAUUGGGGUAAAGAUUAUUCCUCUUUACUCACAUCCAAGCUACAGAGACAAAGAGAAACCUGGGGUUUGUUGUUUUGCCCCAGGGCUGGUAGAGCACUUCAAAUGCCUUGGCAAUUUGGGGCCAAAACAAUCACAAAAUUGUCUUUGACCUUCCAUAGCAGCCAUCACAAAUGUGAGCAGUGACUCGCCUUAACCUUAUACUGUGGUAAGGUCGAUAUCAGUGACUACAAAUUUAGUUUGCUCUACCCUCAAGAGCCCCUGCCUGAGGUUUCUGUAUAUCAUACAGCUCCUUAUACCUGGAACUGGAUUUGACUGUAAGCCUUAAUGCAGUGCAGAUGGUAAUCAACUUUGCUGUUUUGUAAUACGUAAACGGAUCUAUUUAGAAAGUACCUAUUAUGCAUAUCUUCUGUAUUUACUUUCUCAGUGGAUCUCAAAAUGGAGAAACAGAGUAAGACAAAUUCAACUAGCAUAUGAACUGGCAGUACUUGGUAUGGGGCUUGAUUUACAUGAAAACUAGAUAUCUGUCCGAACCACCUCAUUUGAAAUAUAAUCUCAGUUCUGAUUAAAUCUUGUAUUUACUAAAUGUCAUUAAAGUCUUCCAUUCUAGUAGUUAUAUAGAAGAAAUGCUGUUUAUUACCCCUGCUAUGGUUACAUUUUAUCCCCCAAAAAAUUUUACAGAUGAAAAACUUUAUUCCAAACUCAUGGUUGAAGUAGGUAAUAAAAGUGAUGUUUUUCAAAGCUGGAGGCUGCCAUAUAAAUAUCCUGGAAUACAAUUAAAAAAAUUGUUACAGAGA